UAUGGACAUCAUUGAGAAAAACAAGAAUGUUGCUAAGCAUUGUUUCCCUAUGCUUGCUGGAGGUGGUAAGUUCCAGGUAAAUUUAUUGCAAAGCAUCAAUGCUCAGUCAUUUGUUGUGAACUUGGAAACGAAAACAUGCACAUGUAGGCUAUUCCAAUUGUCUGGCAUACCAUGUGGGCAUGCUUUAGCUGCUAUCUGGUUUUCAAACCUAGAUCCAGUGGGAUUCAUAGAUGACUACUACAAGAGGCAAGCAUAUGAAGAAACUUAUGCGACACCAAUCGAACCAAUGCCUAGCCCAGAUAAGUGGCCUGACACUGGUCUGAAUCCGAUACAUCCUCCAACAGAGACAAUUUUACCUGGAAGGCCUAAAAAGUCUAGAAACAAAGAGGCAGAUGAACCACCACCUACUACUGCAACAAAGGCUAGGAGAGUUGGCCAAGUUAAUCACUGCAGCAAUUGUAAGCAAACAGGCCAUUCACGAGUAACAUGCAAGAAUGCAACUAUGGAGGUAAUCUUGGUACACGCCUGCAAGGCAAAAAAAGAGAGGAAGACCACCAUCUCAGAAUCCUACUACUGAAACUAUUAAAAGGAAGGAGCGAGCUAAGAGACAGAAGCAAAGGAAUGGUGGUUCCACAUCUCAGACCAACUAAGAAGCUGCUCUUUAAUCUUAAACCCUUUUGAUGUAGAAAACUUGUUUUCUUUUUGGUGUAGUCGCCAUACAAUAUAGGCAUUACCAUACUUUUGACAUGUACAUAUUCAGUCUGACUUUAUCAAUAUUUUGGGACAUCUUGGCCAUUAGGAAUACUUUUGACAUGUAGACAUUAUGCUACUUAAUAUGUCAUAUGUUUGCUCUGUAAAGUUGAAAAUAUUAAUCAAUGACAAAAUAUCUGGUUUGGUGCA